CUCCACUGCAUCGUCCACGCCCGGUCCAUCGACAAACAAGAAGCGCAAGGUUAAUGUCAACGGGGAUUCCAUCGUCACUGAGACAUCGACCGUCCCCGGAACAGCCACGACGGCCAUUGGAGAGAUGACGCCGGUCGCUGUGACCACCACAACUACCACUACAUCUCAUCCUACACCGAACGGCAGUGUCGAGGUUUCAAAAACGGUCGACGUCAUCGUCAAGGACAACAAAGGCAAACGCGUCCCAAAUCAGCGAUUUGAGCGUAUCAAAGCUCAGAAUGUGACAUAUCAUCAUGAUGGGUUGAAAGACAACUCAUUCGAUGCGAGAGUGAGUAUGGAAUCGUUCAUGGAGGAUCAUGGACUGAUGUUGCCUUUAGAUCGCCGCUGGAGCACCAGUGAAUGAUUAUGGAGCCAAGGCAUCAAGGGACUUGAUCGUGACUCGAGGAGCUGGGUUCCGCAAAGAGAAGAACAAGAAGAAGCGAGGCA